AUGUUCCGAAACGCUUUGAAAUCCGCUAGACAAGUGAAGGCUCCAGUGCGAGCGUUCUCGACCCGAGCCACCGCCGCUCGAGCUGUUCCCCGACCCUCAAACACCCUGCUGUUCUCCACUGCCGCCGCUUGUGCUGCUGGACUGUCUCUCUACUCGCUGUACACCCACCAGUCGAUUGCGCUGGACGAGAAGAAGGGCCCCAUCAUCCAGCCCACAGACUCGGUCCAGCCUCCCACCUCCACGCCGCCUUUCCCCACCAAGAUGUCAGCUGACGGAAAGGAAUGGUCGCUGCUGGGAUGUGGAGUGCGACGAGUCUCCUUCCUGGGGUUCGACGUGUACGCCAUCGGUCUGUACUUGCCCGAGUCGCAGAAGCGAGAGGUGCGGGAACUGCUGCAGUCCACGUCGGGCUUCCAGCAGGCCAACGGCGACGUGGAGGAGUUCAAAAAGUCGCUGCUGGACCCCGUCCACGGAGCCGCCAAGAUCCGAUGGCUGCUGGACCAGGGCAUCGACAUCCGAAUCCGAAUUGUGCCUGUGCGAAACACGGACUUUGGCCAUCUCCGAGACGGCUUUGUGCGAACCAUUCUCGCCCACCCCGAGGCUAAGGAGGCGUCCCAGAACAAGGAGUUUGCCGACGGCCUGUCCGAGCUCAAGACCAUCUUCUCCCGAAAGAUGUCGGUGCCCAAGCACAAUAUUCUGGUCAUGAACCGCAAGGGUAACAACGGCGAGCUCAAGAUCACCUACUACGACGCCAAGAGCGAGGCUGAUCUGGGCGAGGGCUCCGAACUUGGAACUGUGCACAACCCCCAAGUUUCCGAGCUGCUUCUGCUCCAGUACCUCACUGGAAAGAAGCCCAUCUCCGAGACCCUGCGAGACUCCGUCAUCAACGGCCUUGUCACUGUUGCCAUUGAGUAA